UCCGUCCGUCUCGCCGAGGUGCGCCAACCCCGCGUGUCGUCGCUUCGUCGGACGCCCUGCCGCGCGUGUCUCCGUCGAAGAUCCCGAGCGAUGGCGGCGGAAGCAGAGCGCGAAGCGCAUCAGAAACCACCCGUAACCGAGCCGUCGCGCGAGGAGGAGCAGGAUGAUAAGCCGAAGGCGGUGCCGAGGCCGAGGCUGAGGCGCCUGGAGCUCGUGCGGAUCGCGGCGGCGCGCGCGGUGGUGUGCCUCGUGGCGCUCUACGGCCUCGCCAAGAGCCGCGCCGGCACUCACCGCCCCAAGGUCGACACCGUCGAGUCGGUGGUGGGACGCGUCGUCGGGCCCGUCUACGCCCGCUUCCGCGGUACCCCACUCGUCCUCCUCGUGUUCCUGGAUCGCAAGGUCGAUGAAAUGGUGCUGAAACUGGACCGGAAGCUUCGGUCGAGCCUGAAGGCCGCCUCGUCCCGAGCCUACGCCGCAGCACAAGCCGCGCCGGGGGUGGCGAAGGAGCUCCUCGCCUCUGGCGCCGACCACGCCAGCCGCUCGGCGUACGUGAAGAAGGUGGCGCAGGUCGCCGUCCCGGCCGCCGUGCACUGGGCCGAGAAGUACAACAGGGCGGUCGCCGGUUCGCGGUGCAUCCCGCGCGUCCCGACCAAGCUCAUCGCCAAGUUCUUCACCGACCGCGGCAUGGAGGUGGAGGUGAACGAUGCCAGGUGAUGCGCGAAUUGAGCCGUUCAACGUACGGUUACUGUCAGAGCGUCUGAGACAUGAGAAAUUGCUUCUGAACCUAGAGAAACACAGAUCGUCGUAACUUGAUAUAGACGAUGUACCCCGGUGGCUCACUGCGGUGACGCCGGCGCCAAUAUUGUUCGUGGACAAUGCCAGUAUACAAACCUAUUCUUGGUCUUGCUAUUGUAUAAAAUUGGUUAAACUUAUAUGAGUUUGACCGAGAAUAAAAGCUAGAAGUAAAUUUAUUUGUGG